GGUAGUUCAGAAAUUACACAAGUGUUAUCCUCCAGCAAACACACGCGGACAGAUAUGGAGUUUGGCGCUGCUUCCAUCACCAUCACCAUGCACAUAGCAGAUACCUCUCCCUGCAAAACCAUGGAGCUCAAAUGGAUCAAAACCACUCCCAAAACCCUAACCAGAUACAACCAAAACCCUUUCUCUUCAUCACCACCACAGCCUUCCUCAUUUCCCGUCUUCAUUUCCACAAAACGGUCCCAGAUCAACCCCGACGACCUCCACCGUCUCUACCGGACCUGCGAUCUCUCCGGCCACCGCUUCCCGGCCUCCGACGACAUCGCCGAGGCACAAAAGCUCCGAAUUGCCCUCUCCCGCAGCGCCUUCGUCGUCUCCGUCUUCUGCAAGCCUGCUCGCUACGCCGAGUCCUCCGUUAGAAAGCCGGAGUCGCUCCUGCAGAGGGUGGUCGAGCCUCUUAGUCCCUACAAUGGCGAGCUGGUAGGGUUUGGUCGUGCCGUUUCCGACAUGGCAUUGACGGCUUCGAUAUACGACGUCAUGGUUGCUCCUUCGUUGCGAGGAUUGGGAAUUGGAAAGAUGAUUGUUCAGAGAAUCUUAAGAAUGCUCACAAGUAGGGACAUUUAUGACAUAGCUGCUCUUUGCUCGGAGAAUGAAAGGCCGUUCUUUGAAGCCUGUGGAUUUGGAGAUGACAUUUUGCGCUCCACUACAAUGAUGUAUACACGGACUGUUUCAGCUAGUUCUGAAGUCAACCAGAUGGCCAAACGUGCUGGUCGAAAGCUGUUGUUAAUUCCACCCCCUAAAACUCCUCUGCGUGUACCCCUGGAUCCUGAUAAGCAGUGAAAAUACUUUCACCUGCUCAGUGAAAAACACAGUCCUAAAUUCAAUUCCCACUUUCUUCGUUUGGAUUUAACUGUGUACACACUGUACAUAGAUAGCUACUGUGUGAAUACGGCCAAAAAGCGCCAAAAAAAAAAAAAAAGUUACUAGGCCAGUAGCCUCUCCAUGUGUUGAAACUCAAGAUCAUGUUUCGCAUUUUUAAACUUGACAUAUUUGGACUAUUUUAACCAUUGUGCCUACAUUAUAUACCUGUACGCUAUCUAAU